GGGUUUUCUCUGCCAUCCUUCAUGUUUGUAACGAUUUUCUGCCAUUUUAUGCGAAAUACGUGAUUUAUCCACAGCAAUGCCGACCAGCGAAGAGAUCAGUCGUUUGACAGAGGGGGUGUACAGGCACACAACAGAAAACCUGAACCCCGCAAUCAGGCACAUGAUAGCGAUGGGCAGAUCCUAUGAGAAGGCACUUGUCGGAGUGUCACUUGCGGCAAGGUCUUAUUUUGAAUCAAUUGUCAAAUUAGGAGAGCUUGCCAGUGAAACCAAAGCAUCCAGACAAUUAGGGGAAGUCAUGCUACAGAUAGCUGCCACACUCAGAGAUAUUGAAACACAACGAGAGCUGGCUGUACAUUCCUUUCACAAGGAACUGUUGAUACCAUUAGAAUCUACUGUUGAUCAGUUACAUAAAGAUAUAUCCAAUAAACAGAAGAAUUAUUUACAGAACAAUAAGGUUAAGUCAGAGUCAGUAGAAAAGGCUCGGAACGAAUACAAAAAGGUUCAAAAGAAAAGUCAAAAAAAUGUAGCCAAAUAUACUGAUAAAGAACGGAAGUGUGAAUAUGAUUAUCUUCAGAAGCAACAAGAUUUAGAUGAAUAUAGAGUGCAGGGAUUGAAAGAUGCAUGGAAAGAAGAAAGGCGGCGGUAUUGCUUCCUUAUUUUAAGGCAGUGUGAAGUAAUGAAGUCUAGUACAGUCUAUCAUGGCAAUGCACACAGUUUAUAUCGCCAUAGGAUACCAGACUGGAAUUCAGCUUGUGAUAAACCAAACCAAAUGCCACCAGAAUGUGAUAACGUUUUACAAAUGUUCAGGCAAGGUAUAGCAGCGGAUGGUAAUGAUACGCGUGUGAUGGAAGUUGAGGUUCCAAGAAGACAACAUUAUGGGCGAAACAUAGCCAUGUAUGGCAGUGAUAGCGUUUUCAAUCAAGGUGACAGUCCACAAAUAAACGAGGAAUUAGAUGAACCCCUCACUGUUGAUAUUGGACCAGGACCAGUCAUGCCGUAUCCAAGUGCAACAUUACCAAACCCCAAGAAACAAAAUAAACAAAGUCCUGCAAUGAGACAACACACACCACAGACCUAUUCAGUAUUUGGAAAGUAUUCUUCCAUCUUUUCUAAGCGAAUACGUGUACCGGGACGGCGUCAUUCAUCAAAUGAGUCCACUUUGAGGCAUCAUAAACAUUCUAUAAUGGAAGGCAAUGGUGUAAGUGGCCAUGUGAGGAAUAGAUCAGACGGCACUACAGAUAUAUUAUUGGCAGGUGGUAAUCAAGUAUGUGCCUUAUACACUCAUACUGCCAGUGGAAAAAAUCAACUCAGUUUUAGUGAGGGUGAUGUUAUAACUGUUAUUGGGGAAAAGAAAAAUGGUUGGCAAUUUGGUCAGAAUAUGAAUAGUAAUAAAGUUGGAUGGUUUCCUAUAGCCUACACAGAAUCAAAUAUACCAGGACUACAACGCGGUAAUGUUCAAGACUUGCCAGAAAUGAAGCAAAGAUAUCGAAGUGAAGGCAAUUUACUUGAACUGGAUGGCAGUUUUCCAAUGCCUGAUUAUAACAGAGAUCCCAGGCAAUCAGUACCCCCGCCACCACCCCCACCAAACGAUUAUUCCGGUGGACUUUUAAAAACUGCUGAUCAACCAACACAUCAUCACCAUCAGCAGUUGUUUGGUGAAUCUCAAACACCCAAUCGUCAUCAAAACGGCUCGAUUGUGCCGCCUUCUUCACAGGAGAGACGAUUCUCACAGUUGCCAAGCUCAAAUGAUGCUACCAGUGACGUACCCUCACAAAGUAACCCCUUUGCUCAAGUCAAACUACGUAGGACUAUCACCAAUGACAGGUCAGCACCUGCAAUCUAAACGACUACUUAUUGCAAAUUGUUUAUUUGUGCAUACAGGGGAAUGUACUUCAAAGCAUUAAUACAGACUCUUCAGAUCAUUUACAGGUUUUAGAAUUGAUAAUCAUAUUUCAAUGAUUUUUACACUAGUUUUUUUUGUUCACAAAAUCACAUGAAUACAUAUGGCCAAGGAACUACUUUUUGUAUGAAAAUAGCAAUAUUUGAAUCAUUUAACAUUGGUUCCUAUGGGGAAAAUAUUGUUCAGUGACAUAUUGUGAUAAAAACAAUUUGUGUAAUUCUGAUUUUUGUGAAUUAUUGGUAGAAUUUGUGGAAUACUAUUUUUUUUUCUAUGAAAUAAUGCUUUUGCGAGGAUUUCUAUGGAAACUGUUCCAAAAUUUGAAAUUUUGUCAUUUUCUCUAAAACCAUGAUUUUCACCGGAUAAACCCAUUCAAAAGGCCAUAGCAUAUUCGAAUAUCAAAAUUAUUAGACCUCUUGAAACAAAAUAUUGUGAUAAAUAUUAUUAAUUAGGUCGAAAUGACCGAAACAUUUAUUAGUAUCUGACUUGAGUGUUCAAGCAGAUGUUCCUCUUGCAUGAAAGCACAGACGUUCAUUUUUGUGUUACAGCUAAUACACAUGUGAAAUUUACUGACAAAAGCAAUCUGACAACAGGCAAUAACAAAAUUGGACAGAAAUGUGGCGUGGACGCCAUUUUAAACUGUUCACUGCAUAGCGACUGGAUACUUACUGCAUAGCAAUAGUGCCUGCAAGUGACCUAAAUGUAUGCACACUUCACUGAACGGUAA